AGAAGGCGGGGCGUGCUACGAGCGCGAGGGAAACGCGCCCCAACGGCUUUUCUCCGUCGAAAGCUCAGCCGCGAAGCUGGCCGCUCCCGGACUACGGUAGCCUCCCGCCAAGAGGCCCUUCGCGUCUAAAGACCCCUGAGAGUCCUCCUCGCGGUCCUCGACGCACGUGGUCCGUCCGACGCCACCCUGGCCGAGAUGGCCAACUCGUUCAAGCGAUUCCUCACCAUCUUCGGCUACAAGCUGGACCGCAAGUGGGGCAACUUCAAGGCGCGCGUCAAGGAGAAGACCGACAAAGGCAGCGCCCCGGCCUGGAACAGCGUUCGCUCCCCCAUCGACAACCUGCGCCGCAAGAAAAAGAACGGCUUCGGCAAGCUGGAUGACCGCAACGUCGUGCCCCAGGAGUUGCCGGCCUUCGGGGCCUACUGCCACUACUGACAGGUAGUGGUAGGUCCACAGCCUUCCCUUUUCGAAGCUUCAAGCCCUUCAACUCGAGGUGUCCUCUUUUGCUCAUCGAAAACCACGCUACUGACUUGUUCCUGGAAACCUCUACCUGUCCUUUCAUUGUGAAUUAAACUCGCCUUCCUUCAAGAACCGCCCUUCUAUCAAGGACUUUGGACGGUACUCCCGUUAUACCGAAGACCACCAAGCCCCUGAAUCCAGCCCAUUGUUCACUUGUCACGCCCUAACACUGCGUCCGCAUCUGUGGGGAUCGUCUUACUUGGAUUCCGCGCAAUUCUCUGCCUCUGGUGUCAGAAGCCGCCGACAGCAGCCGUCGUUUCCUGCAAGUGCGCUCUUGUCUCUGUAACCGACUUCUGUAACCUCCGCCACGUUCGUCAUGCUUCCAACUCCUCCAGCGUCUUGUGCUACCUCCAGUUUCCAUGUGCCACCUCUCUUCACUCCACUGUGGACCGAUUCUUUUCUAGUACUCUGUAAAAUAAGCGUACGGAUCCCAUGUGACUUCAGACAGACUUCCCUGUUGGCAUGUUCGUCCUGCCCUGCUUACCAUUUCAGGAACAUCUCGGCCCUAACAAACAAUGGUGUCGCUUGAUUGUGCUUGCUCGAGCACUUUUGUUAUCUCUUUAGCUAGCGGAUUCAACUGGGCUAGAGGAAGCAAUACCGUCGUAGGCACUGGUGCCCCGUCAUUUGCGAUUUUCUUCUGCAGCAAAGGAGGCCCAUACAUACAACUAGGCACGUAAAAGAUAUGGAAGGCUGUGCGUCCCUGCGCAUUCGAAAGUAUUACACGGCAAAUAAAACG